AUUCUACUUCCCUUGGCGGUUUGCCUCACCGUGUAUCCAGUUGAAUUGUGAAUAUUUCACUACCGGUACUAAAUUCCAAGAAAAAAAAUCAGAUAUGACCAAGUACGUAGAAUAUAAUGUAAAUUUUCAAUAAUCACCCAUUGUGAUUUACUCCAAAAUAACAUACAUAGCUCCCAUGGCAUUUCUUUGACCUCUUUAACUUUGUUGUAGUUUGUUUUGACAAUCACAAUUUUGUUUACUAAACGACUUAACGGUCCAGUAACAUUUUACUCGGCUGACUUGGUUUGAGAAUGUUAGUUUUUAGUCUAGCUAGACCAGCCUAUUGUAGUAGACUAUUCUACUUAGUACUUACUACUAUACUGAAUAUAUAUUUUUUUAUAUAGUACGGUAUAGUCUGAUUAUUACUUGGUAUUAGAUUAGGGUAUAGGCUAAAUACUAAAUUGUAAAACAUGUUUCAUGAUAUUAUGAUAUAAAUAUAAUUAUUGGGUGGCUUGGGUUAGUUGUUGGUAGGGACCUACCCCUACACCCUUCUUUUAAGUUAGGUAUAACUUAAUUUACUAAGACUAAGUUUCUUUUUCAGCACUGUGGUAUUAAAUUGAGUGAAAAUUUUCAGUCACAGAGUUGGAGUUGACUAAGAGUAAGAGUCAGACCAGUCAUAAUUUCUGAAAUUUUCCGGGGGGGGGGGGAUUUCACCUUUUUCAGGGGGGGCGGAGGGUCGGUUGAUUUAUUGUUGGACAUAUUUUUGCUCGGGGGGGGCAUUGGCUUGCACCGGGAGGGCACUGAAAGAAAACCUGAGUCAGACUAAUUUUCAGUCACAGAGUUGGAGUUGACUAAGAGUAAGAGUCAGACCAGUCAUAAUUUCUGAAAUUUUCCGGGGGGGGGGGAUUUCACCUUUUUCAGGGGGGGCGGAGUGUCAGUUGAUUUAUUGUUGGACAUAUUUUUGCUCGGGGGGGGCAUUGGCUUUCACCGGGAGGGCACUGAAAGAAAACCUGAGUCAGACUGAGACCUGUCUUGAAUUGAGUAGAGGGAACUGCCUUGCCUUAGUAACCUACCACAAAUACUUCAAAUAGUAGUGUAGACCUUAUUGUAUAAUUAUUGAAUUGCCUAUACUAAACUUAUAAUUAAUAAAUAAUAUUUAUAUUAUUUAAUAAUGAAACAGUCACACAGCUAUUGUAGUUAUAUAACAAGGGUGUCAAACUCAAUCGCUCGGCGGGCCAAAACUCAAAUCAUAUGUAAGGUUGCGGGCCCAACAGGAUAAACAUGCAAUAAGGGGAAAAUUAAUAUUUAAAAAAAAAAAAAUUAUAUAAAUGAAAACGGCAAAAAGGUGUAAUAAUUAAAAAUCAUUGGCAUACCCAUUUUCGUUCUUAUGCAAUUUGUCAGAGCUUGAUGUUUGGCACAUUUUCUUGGCUACAAAAACAUUCAUAUUAGUAGUAACUUUCUGCGUCAUUGAGAUUCUCAUGAUGGACUGCAAGUGUUCAUCAGUGAGACAACUCCUUUGAGAUGCUUUGCUAAUCUUUAUCACAGAAAACAGCUGCUCACACAGAUAUGUGCUACCCAAAAUGCCCAAAAGGCUCAAGGUUCAAGCCGCAUGUAGACGAAGCUGGGGCAUCUCUUCAGGAAUGAAACCAGUGAACUGUGCAGGCCCAACUGUGUUGUACUUUUAGUGUUCCAUUUCACUGCAGCUCUAUUAGCUCCAUCUGCAAAUUUACACAUGCAGUUCCCACGUCUAUGACAAAUGGGUUACGAAACAAUUCGCAAAUUACAUUUCUGUGCUUCAAAGUCACUAAAGCGCAGCGCAAACUCAGCACGAAGUAAACUAAGUUUUUCAGCAAGUGAGCAUUGAUAUAAGGAUAUAAGUGUACGCUGGUCAAGACCUCGCGGGCCUGAUAUUGUACGGCGGGCCGGAUGUGGCACCAUUGUUAUAUAAUAUAAUAUUGUUAUAUAUUUCAAUUGAUCUUUUAGUCUUUUACUUUUAGAAAUAAUUUGAAGGAGAAGUCAUGUAAUUUGUGAAUAAAUUUAAUACAAAGUUAUAAAAUUAAAAAAAAUUAAGAACAAAUUAAAAUGUACCAAACCGUAUCCGGAAAUUUGUUUGUGUUUCAGUUCACACGUUAAAAUUUUGCGUCAAAUUUCUUUUUGAACGCAUUAUUUUGUUUUACCAUAUAGUAUAUAAUAUAGUAUAGUGUGUUCAAAAAGAAAUUUGACGAAAAUUUUAAUGAGUGAACUGAAAAAAUGUUUCGACCAAAUUUCCGUUCGAUCAAUUUUCCGUAGACGAAAUUUCUUUCAAACAAAUUUCCGGUAACCAAACCAAACACUACAAUCAUGCACCAAUUACAAAUGUCAAAUGUACUUGGGAGUACUGACCAAGUUUUAAAACCCCACUUUGCAACCCUGUCUACCUAUUCUGCCCAGCUAAGUGACUAAUAAGUGUUGAAUGGACUGGCAAAGCUCUCCAUUGUUUUUCUACAUCUUCAAGAUUUAUGAACUUUAAAGAAAACACAUUUUGAUUUUUAGGUGGUGGGGGAGGGGAGCCAGGUUAAAAAAAGAAAAAUUAGCAAAAUUUUGGGGAUUUGGUCACUUUCUGCAUUUAAUCAUUAAUUUUGUUUUUUAUUUCAAUAAUUUAUUUUUAUGCAAAGUAAAAUUUAGAUUUUUAAAAAAAAUUCUGGAUAUAGACACAAAAUAAUUUGUUUGAUAUUAAUUUCAUAUUUUAAUUAGAGCCUGAUUAAGUUUACACAAGUAGUUUUGGGCUACCGGGUGUCAACUCCUAUACAGUCUUCUUGGAUUGAUUACAUUCGUCAAGUUCUUUUCACACGUUGAAGUGUCGUACUAUUCUCACUAUCAUCGAACAAACUCAACUCCUUUUCAUAAUAAAUAUAACUUUAAUGUAUAAUUAAAUAUAAUACACAUAGCAUGUGAAUAUAGCGCAGCUCGCUAUCAGACCUAAAUAAUACACAUCCUAUCACUCCAAAGUUCCACUCAAGACUGCCGCACGACUAAAACAUACAUCACAAUACUGCAUAGGCAAUACGUCACGAAUCAGCAUAAAAAUAUGUCAUAGAGACAAUGGCGGGAAGAGCGUUCACUAACUAUAAUAGUCAAGCGCUGGAAAAGCGUUUAACAACUAAUGAACAUAAUAUUGAGUCGCAACAAUUACUAAUGAACGCUCAUACUCGACACUGGGUACUCUGAAAUUGAUAAUUUAUUGCGAAUGUGUGUAACCGUGGUCACAACAGUCGAUUUAUUUGCAAAGUUGUACUGCUUCCAGGACCGGAUAAAGACCUAAAGCUCUAUAUUAUAUAAAAACACUACCUGGUCUAUCAGUCACAUUCAUUGCUGUGUCAUAUGACUAAUCUAGCCUUUAAGCAUCAUGUUUGAUUAGAUAAAUAUUGGUAUUACUCAUUAUCAUAAUGAAAGCCAACAUAUAAGAUUUUCCCCAUUAAUAGUUUUUAUUUUGGUACCGGUAUUUACAAAUUAUUAUCAUUUAGAAAGUCUAAUUUACUGUGCAGACGAUAUCAGUUUCUUACCAAAAUCAUUUAUUCACUGGUCUCAUUUAUAGGGGCCGUACUGAACUCGGUGACAUCACUCCUCAUAACAUCAAACAACUUAAAAGGCUCAAUCAAGUUGUGUUUCCUGUAACUUACAAUGACAAAUUCUACAAAGAUGUCUUGGAGGUUGGUGAACUUGCAAAAUUAGGUAAGUCUAAAACUUUAUAUGACUUAUGAAUGUAUAUUUUAUCUUUGUUUUGAGAAUUAAGAAAGAUUAGUACCCUAUUUCAAAGACUAGCUAUUUAAUUUUUAGAAACAUUGAUCAUUAAAUUUACUAAAGACUUGAUCUGUAUAAUUUAGAAAUAAAUUCAGAAUCACUGUAAUUUUUAAGAAGCAGUUAUUGAUAAUAUGUAGAGUGCCUUAAGCUUUGCAGCCCCUUAAUGGUUCAAGGUUUUAGUUAUAGUAAUAUCUCAUAUUACUCAAAAGUUUGUAAAGCUAUGCUACAACAGUGAUUAAUUGUAAAAUCUCAAAUAAAUUCUUCCUCUUUGCAUUUCCAGUGGAGCAUACAUAGGCCAUUAAUAAUUUCUUUUCAAGCCUUAUGGUCUCAUGCUAUCUUCUCUAAUCCUUCCAAUUACCUGCAUUUAAUACAUACUAAAUUAUAGUCUGCCAAUUAAUCGGCCUCGGAGGAUAUAGCUAGGCCAAAUAAUUUUUUGCCACUACCUGCAAAUAUUUGUAUCAGUGUAAACCCUGUAAGAUUAUGUUUGGUGUUUUUAUUCUUUUCAGCUUAUUAUAAUGAUAUUGUCAUUGGAGCAGUUUGCUGUAGAAUUGACACAUCUGAGAAUGUUCGACGCUUAUACAUCAUGACAUUAGGCUGCUUGGCUCCGUAUCGAAGACUUGGAAUAGGCAUGUUUUAUUAAUUCAAUUUCUAAAGUCUAUAUUAUUAACCAAAAAUGAUCUUAAAUUAUUGACUAUCUCUGAAGAACUCUUGCUUUUUGCUCAAUUAUGACUAAAUCAUUUGCAACAUACAUCUUGAGCCAAUUAUUUUUUUGCAACUGAAAUAACCUCCUUUCUUCCCUGAAAUCUUUUACCAGAUUACACCAGCCUUAAUCUGUUAACAGAUUCAUUUGAAAGAUAUAUCAUUAUGUAUUGAAUUGCUGUAAAAUAAUGUGUUUGAUGAGUCCGUCAUGGUAGGAGUUGAACUAAAAAAAUCAAACAGAAAGGGCAAAGAUUGGAUCCGAAAAGACGCUUAUGUUUAUGUAUGUUCUGGAGGAUUAAUUUUUUUAAAUAUGGAUUUAGUAACUUCAUUUGAAAAGAAAUUUUUGAAUUCUUUUCAUGCCUUCCCCCUGUAUUUCAUAUGACAGAAGUUUACAGGUAGUGAACGAAAAAACCUACAAAUACGGGUACCGGUAUUACAAUUUUCAUUAUAAGUUAGUCUAAAUUGACAUUUUCUGAAAGAAAUAUUGCUUCUUGUGUCUCAAAAACUUGAUUUUAUGAUAGUUUGAACAAUUUAUGGGAUAUUUAAGGUUGGUUGAAUUCAGAAGUUGGUGGGUGCCGGUUCUAAAAUUUUACUCACGUUGUAAAGGUCCAGGUCAAUUUUAACACACGCACAUAUAUAUAGAGAGAAAGAGUAUAAAAACAAAUAAUUUUCAUACCAUAAGAUAUCUUGUCCAAUUUUCUUUGAGAAAAUGUAUACUUGUAAUGGUCUCUAAAUUAUUUAGUCUGGGAUUUUUUCAUUUUUGAAAAGCAUAUGAAAAUUCUAAAAAUGGCUUGACGCUACAGAAAAAUGUUAUAAGACGAUUAUACCGGUAGUGUUAAAAAGUGUUAUUCUAAAUAUUGAGAGGUCAUUUAUUUCAACUUUUUGUUAGCAUACCGGUACUUUUAUAUUUUGGCUUCAUAAUAAAAUUUGGCUGAUUCUUUAGUACCUUUAAAAUUAAAUUGUGUGCAUUAUUUAUGUUUAUAGGCACUGUAAUGCUGGAACAUGUUCUAAAAAUCUGUGAAAAAGAUGGCAACAUUGAUAAUGUUUUUCUGUAAGUAUAUAUAUUUUACAAAAACUUAUAUCCUUUAAUUGUCAUAAAUGUAACCUUGUAAUAAUAAAUUCAUUUUGAAGCUACAUAGUAGAGUUGUACAGUAACUCACAAACUAGAGAAAAAAUUUUAAAAUUAAAAGUAUUAGGAUCAAAAAUCAUUAAAUUCCAUUUUAAAAUUUAUUAAUGUUUGCUGCUAAAUAAAAACUCAAUUUUAGGACACAAAUCUAAAAAAAAAAAUGAUUUUUGAUCCUAAUACUUUAAUAACAUCAGUUUUAAAUAAACAAUAAUUUGCUCCAUUCAAACCCCUAGGCAUGUCCAAGUCAACAAUGAAGGUGCCAUCAAAUUUUAUGAGAAAUUUGGGUUUAAAAUUGUUGAAGAGAAAAAAAAUUAUUACAAACGUAUUGAGCCAGCUGAUGCAUACGUCCUGCAGAAGUCUUUCAAAGAGGAAGAGCCAAGAGAGAAGACUACAUCAGAAACAGCCAGUGAUGACACUACCGAUAAAAUUAUGUCAUAGCAUCUAACAUGAGCAUCAGUGUAUUUUAAUUUUCUCUGUUAAUUCAUCAAGGCUUAAAUAAUUUUUAGUAUUUCUGAAUGUAGUUUCUUUUUAAACUAAUAAUAACAUGGAAUGGUGCUGAAAGUUUUAUUUUUGCUGCCGGUCCAAUUUCAUAAUUUAAACUUUUUUUUUUUUUUAUGCUUUGUAUUGUUUUUUUUGUUACAUUUGUUAUAUUGUUCCCAUUGCUACUGAAGAUUGACUAAAAUAUGAAUAGUACUUAGCUAAUAACUAACCUGUUCAGGAUAAACUUUAUCCCUAUAUUUGAACCCUGGCAUUACACCUGGACCAGCUUAUUAGGAUGUCCAUUGUGUUUAGAAUGGUGCUGUUCCAAUUAAUAAUGUGAGGCUCUUGAGUACCGGUACCAAAAACCCUUUUAAUAUCAUAUUUCCUAUUGAAGUUAUUUUAUUUACAACCUGAUUACUGGUGUGGGCUGUGAAUUAUAAUCCUUUUCAUGGUACGUCUCAUAACAGCUGACUCUAAUACAAUUUCUUGAAUUAGUUAUAUUUUGUAAAAUAUCAAUUUAUAUCAAAAUAUUUGUCCUUAAACUGAUUAAAGUGAAAACCAAGAAUUAUACACAACAAAUGUAUAGUUUAAUGAGGGCAUAUGUCAAUAUGUGUAAAUAGAUGUACCGGUAUGUAUUUUUCUUCAAUAAACAUAAUGUAUGAUACAAGUGAUUGUUUUAUGAAACAUUUUAAAUUUAAAUCUGCCUUUGAAUUUAAAAUGUUCAUCAUCUAGCAAUGGCAAAAUUACUUUCUCUCAGCAUGCACUUAAAAUUUUUCACUUGAAUGAUUCUUUCAAGAAAAUGUUUAACCUCACCAACCUUGCUAUUGCUAUUAUAGAAAUCUAACAGUAUUAUAACAUGUUUCUGAAGACAUAAUGUGAGACAACCAAAAGAAGUAAGCGAGCAAAAUUUAAUUUGAAUUCCAAUAACCAAAUUUCUUAUAAUAAUAUUGGGUGAAAAAAUAUUAAAGGAAAAUUUGCAUUGAACUUAAUUUUAUUUGUGAAAAAAAUGAGAAUUUUAAAGUGUACAAUACUGGUACUGAUUUGAAGGGAAUAUACAUUAAUCAUUGACUAUUUUGAAAUCCUAUUGACCAUUUGAUUUGGGCUGAAGUUUUAGAUGCUCUGCUGUUAUGCAGAGGGGAUUCAGUGUAUACAAUUUAGGUUUGACAAAAGCUUUCACCUUAGCAGAAUCAUCUGUUACCCCCUUGGGAUUAUUCAAACUAAAAGUUUGGGGGCUGUUUCCACAGGGGUUAAAUGUAUUAUUGUUGUCCUUGGUAGUAUGCUGUGAUGAUGAAUCCAGAGAGCCCACCAUACUGGUCUCUGGAUUGCCGGUCAUUGGAUUGUUUGUUUCAGGACUGAGAAAUUUAUCAGACACAGUGUUUUCAUGUGGUGUAGCUUCCAGUUCAGGUGAUUUGCCAUGUGAUAUGCACUGGACAACUUCUUCUGGAUCUGAGAAAUCUAUUGAACAGGAUGAAAAUUAAGUUAAUGUAAAAAUUACAAUGUAAUAUAUAUUUUUUUAAACAAAUCUUCAUACAAGUUGAAUUAAAUGUGCAACAAAAAUAAGUAGGCUUGUCUCAAACAGUCUUUACGGAAGUCUCUAACAUUAAAAUUUUCCUAAUCAAUAUUAAUUUUAAUUCCCCAUGAAAUCCAGUAAUAAUUGUUGAAUUUCAAUGGGGCAAACAUAAUUUUGUUUCAAAUUUUAGAAAUUGACAUUCAUGGAUGUCAGGCAUACACAAGGUUUAUCAUGUUUAGAUAAACUCCGUUUAUCAUGUUUAGAUAAACUCCUGCAAUAAAUAUAUUUUGAGAAAUUGAUACAAUGAUAUUUUGUUUUAGAUAAAAUUAAAAGACUAGAGUAAUUUAAGUUGAAGCCUUACUU